UUGUACUUAGAGCCUAAGAGCAGAGUUACAUUUCCCUGUGCAAGACUGAAAAGAGGACAUUUGGAUGUGGCAGAUGGUUCAGGAGAUGCAGAUGUUGAGACCAUGUCUCCAUCUGGCGAUAUUCAGCUGGAUCCAGAUGACACGGCCAACAUGGUUUUGGCUUUCACCGGUGACCACAUAGAUCAAGGGGACAGAAUCAAUCCACACCUGAGCACUGCAGAUGUUGAGACAAUGUCUCCAUCUGGCGAUCUUCGUCUUCAGCUGGAUCCAGAUGUCACGGCCAACAUGAUGUCUUCAUCUGGUCACUUUCUGCUUACAUCUGAGCUGCAACCAAGUGACAUGGCCCAGCAGUUUAGUUGUGAUUCAUCAUCUGAAGGCAGUGUUUCUGAAGUUGAUUCGGAAAUUCCAGAUAUUCCAGAAGAUGAUCCAUUCAGACAGAUAGGUUUUGAUACAGACAUGGAUUCAGUACUAAUGUCAGCAGGUACAACGACAAAGGCUGAGGCACUGCUCAUGGUGAUGAGUCAUGCAGCCAGACAUAAUAUAACAGGGACACAACUUCAUGACUUAUUACAGCUCAUAAAUACUCUGUUUGGCAAAGAGGUGUUACCCAGAUCAAAAUAUUUGUUCAAUAAGGUCUUUAAAAACAACUCCGACAUUGUGGAGUUCCACUUCUACUGCAAAACCUGUAAAGUAUACAUUGGCACAAAAGAAGACAUACAAGACAAAAACAUUGCACAGUGUGCAAUCUGUAGUGCUUCAAUUGAAAUCAGUUCCUUGAACAGUGCAAGCUUUUUAUCAACAUACCAAUUGCACCUCAAAUCCAGACGCUGCUUGAAAAUCCUCAGAUUCAAAACAGCAUGA